GCUCUGCAGCUUGAACAGGCAGAUGUGACUGGGUGACUUAGGAGAGGUCAAUCCCCUCCACUCAACUUUAUUCUGCAGUUCAGUCCUGGGACAAGCCAGCGUCCGAAUGCUGCAACAAGAAGUAGUGGAAGGGAAGAGGAUGAAGAAGAGCUGCUCGUCCCGGUCUCUGUGUGCUGAGCUGGGCCAGGGGUCAGCGUGCUCCCGGGAGCAGCAGGGAGCAGGCAGCAAGCGGCAGCAGCAGCAGCAGGGGGCUGGCAGCGGCUCGGAGGAAUGCUCGCUCAGCUCGGCGGUGCCCCGGUCACGGCGGUGCCCGCGGGCUGUCUGUGUACUCAAUGAGACCGCCAAACCGAACAGUCCCGGGUGGGGAGCGCUGCAGUGCCUGGCUACAGCGUGCAGGAGCCGGGAGACCGAGCUGCUGAAACUCCCUUUCGGCAAACUGGACUUCGGGGAGACCCCAGUGCUUGACUCUUUUUACAAUGCAGACAUUGCUGUGGUGGACAUGAGCGACGUGUUCCGGCAGCCAACUCUGUUUUACCAUCUGAGUAUACGAGAAAGCUUUGGCAUGACAAACAGUGUCAUUCUCUACCACAACACUGACCUGGAGACUGCUCAAUCACUCAAGGCUGCCAGCAGAAGCUAUCAUUUCAUCCCCUACGUGACAACCACCAACAACGAUUACCUGUGCUGUGAGAAUGAUUUUCAACGGAGAGUCUCUGAGUACUUGCAACCAAAUUGGGACAUCUUACUGGGACCUUUCUGCCAGCCAUUGGUGGAGAAAUUUACCAGUCUUCUAAAAGAUAUUGAAGUUACCCCUUCAUGCACAUAUAUCAAGGAUACUCUGCUGAGUGACAUUCGAAAAUUGAGGGAGCGAUACCAAGGAGAUGAACUUGCCAAACAACUCACUGGCAUUAAGCAACGUAUCGAAAGCACGGAGGUUGUCACGCCUGACGUUAUCACAAACUUGCUUUUCUCAUACAGGGACAUCCAGGAUUAUGAUGGUAUGGUCAAGCUGGUGGAAACUCUGGAGAUGUUGCCGACCUGUGACCUGGCUAAUCAGCACAACAUCAAAUUUCACUAUGCAUUCGCACUGAACAGGAGGAAUCACCCAGGUGAUAGAGAAAAAGCCUUGAAUAAGAUGCUUGAAGUCCUGAAUUCAUGUGAGCAGCCUGCCCCUGACAUGUACUGCUUGUGUGGAAAAAUUUAUAAAGACCUCUUUCUUGACUCGUACUGCAAUGAUAUAGUGAACCGGGACAGUGCCAUAGAAUGGUAUCGCAAAGGCUUUGAACUCCAACCAACCUUGUACUCUGGGUCUAAUUUGGCCAUUCUCCUAAUUGCAGCUGGUCAGCAGUUUGAAAGCUCAAUGGAGCUGAGAAAAAUUGGCAUGCGACUGAACAGUCUGUUGGGUAGGAAAGGAAAUCUGGACCAAAUGAACAACUACUACGAUGUGGGCCACUUCUUCAUAGUCAGUAUGUUAGCCAAGGACGUCAACAAGGCAGUGCAAGCAGCUGAGAAGCUCUUCAGACUCAAGCCCCCUUUUUGGUACAUGAAGUCAUUAGUUCAGAACCUGAUCUUGUUGCAGCAAUUCCAGAAAAUCAACAGUGAUUAUUCCCCAAAACAGGAAUGUCUCAACUUCUGGAUGGACAUCAUUGUGGAAGCAACAAGGACCAAUAUCUGUGGAUUACGUUUUCCAGUUUUGAUUCUUGAACCAACAAAUGUCUACCAGCCAUCCUAUGUUUCCAUAAACAGUGAAGCAGAUGAGAAAACCGUUUCCAUUUGGCAUGUCUCAUCAGAGGAAAUGAAAGGAAUUCAUGAAUGGAAUUUUACAUCCUCAUCCAUUAAAGGUAUAAGCAUAUCGAAACAUGAUGAGCGUUGCUGCUUCUUAUAUGUCCAUGACAACUCUGAUGAUUUUCAGAUCUCCUUCUCCACAGAAGCUCAGUGCAGCAGGUUUAGUUGCUUGGUAAAAGAAAUGAAUGAUGAAGCAGCCAGUGCUGGGGAACUGGAGGGUGACACUGAUGGAGACACACUGGAGUAUGUAUAUGACUAUGAAGAGUCUGAAGAAAGGGUGGUGUUAGGCAAAGGCAAAUAUGGAGUGGUGUAUGCAGGACGGGACCUCAGCAAUCAAGUAAGAAUAGCAAUUAAGGAAGUACCAGAGAAAGAUGGCAGGUACUCUCAGCCCCUUCAUGAAGAGAUUGCUCUCUACAAGUGCCUUAAGCACCGCAAUAUUGUCCAGUAUCUUGGUUCAGUUUCUGAAGAUGGCUACAUCAAGAUUUUUAUGGAGCAAGUGCCAGGAGGAAGCCUUUCUGCACUCCUCAGAUCAAAGUGGGGCCCAUUGAAAGAUAACAUCUCUACCAUUGUGUUUUACACUAGACAGAUCCUGGAGGGCCUCCAAUUUCUCCAUGAGAACCAGAUUGUGCACAGAGACAUCAAGGGAGACAAUGUUCUUGUAAACACAUACAGUGGAGUGGUGAAGAUCUCAGAUUUUGGAACAUCCAAACGAUUGAUCGGAGUGAAUCCUUGCACUGAAAUAUCUACUGGAACACUACAAUACAUGGCUCCUGAGAUUAUAGACAAAGGCCCUCGAGGUUAUGGUGCCCCCGCCGAUAUUUGGUCUUUGGGCUGCACCAUUAUUGAAAUGGCUACAGGGAAGCCACCAUUCUAUGAAUUAGGGGAACCCCAAGCAGCCAUGUUUAAGAUUGGAAUGUUUAAAAUCCAUCCUGAGAUCCCAGAAUCAAUGCCAGCAGACGCAAAGACCUUUAUUCUUCGCUGCUUUGAGCCCGAUCCCUGUAAACGAGCUACAGCGGCAGAACUCCUUCGAGACCCUUUCCUUAGGAAGACCAACAGCGGCAAGAAAAAUAAAAUUGCCUUUAAGCCAAGUGAUCAUAGUCUCAGCAUAUCGCUUCCUAUCACCUCCCAGAGUGAAAACCUGGGCAGCAAUGAAAGUGAUCAUGGAUCAUUGUCACCAGACUCUGAUGCAAAGCAUGAUAUUUUCUUUGAGAGAAAUGGGAAACCAAAAGCAGAAAAUCUGAACCGUGUUUUAGGGUCUCCGAGUAUCCCUGAUGUACCUUCGUCCUCUAAAGAUCGAAGCAGUCCAGUUUCUUUCGAUGAGAUAGACACAGGCCUCUUCCUGUUGAAGAAAGACAGUGAACGCAGAUCCAUUCUUCAUAAAAUCUUGAUUGUGGAUGAGAAUCAGGUUGUUUCCAACCUGCUGGAAAGUCUGACACAGGGGCACGAAGAGCUUAAGCUGUCAGUUGACCACAUUAAACAGAUUAUUGGUAUUUUGCGGGAUUUUGUUCGUUCCCCAGAGCGAAGAGUGAUGGCCAACACCAUCUCCAAAAUCAAACUGGACCUGGAUUUUGAUGGUAUCUCCAUAAACCAGUUUCAGCUGGUUCUGUUUGGUUUUCAGGAUGCGAUUAAUAAGGUUUUGAGACACCAUCACAUAAAGCCUCACUGGAUGUUUGCAAUGGAUAACAUUAUCCGCCGUGCAGUCCAAGCGGCAGUCACCAUUCUCAUCCCAGAGUUGCGCUCUCAUUUUGGCACUACCUCUGAGGGAGAAGGGCUGGACAAAGAUACAGAUGAGGUGGAAGAGCCCAUGUACCUACAGGAAGAGGAAUCUGAAAACAAGGACCCUCCUGUUACCCCAAAAGCGAGUACUUUUAGUUCACUCGCAUCGCAAGACUUUCAGCACCUACAAAAUCCUCUGAGUGUGCAGCUGAGAGAACUGAGAGUGGAGACUAACCGGCUUUUGGAAGACUUGCUCCAGAAGGAGAAAGAGUAUCAGAAGCUUCUUCAGCAAACACUUGAGCAGAUACAGCAGGAUGUGUAUCUUCUUCAGUUGAAAUCCAAACCAACAGUUCCUUCAGUGCCAGACCCUCCUGAUCAUCACAGAAUGGAUCGAGAGCUUACUGAAUGGCUUCAAGAGCAAGGAGCAGAUCCGGUUACAAUAAACAGGAUGUGUGCAGAAGGUUACACGUUGUCUGAUGUGUUGAAACAUAUCACUAAAGAUGAUUUAAGAAGCCUACAGCUCCGAGGAGGACCCAUUUGCCGAAUCUGGAGCGGUAUUUUAAAGUUCAGGAAAGGAGUCUAAUCUUCCAGACUGCUAUUUUUAUGACACAAGUGACCAAAGCUGCUAUUCUACUGAGUAAUUAUGUAUGUAUUGUGUAUUUGCAUAGAUUUAUCUGGAUGUGUACUGUGGAGGACCUUGGGUAUGAUACAAAUUGUAAUGUUAUGUAAUUUUGAGAAUCAACAUUGAAAGCAGUCACAUAGUGGAUUAGCAAAUGAUCCGUGAGAAGUUAAUCACCUCAAGUUGACUCAUUCUGACAAAUAGUAUUUACCUCCUUCACCUAAAAGCAUUGAGACUACCACCAAGUACCAAAUCAACUAUAGUUCCCUGUUCCCAUUCUAUGACAGGUGAUGUCGUCAUUUAAUUGCUCAUUUCACUUUUAAUUAAAGAACAGGUAAUGUAUUUUAAUCAAUAAAUCAAAGUCAGUUUCCUGGAUGUAAGCAGAAGCAAGAACCUUGCUUUGCAGGAAAUAUUUUAAUGUAACCAUCAAUAUCACUUGGAAUUUGUGGCAUAGAAUCAUUGCAUUUAAACACUACCUUGUCUUUAACUGAAGUUACACAGGAAACAUUUUGUCUUGCAUGAAGAAUUUGCCAGUUGACACAACACAGCCAUUUGGGACUGAGAAAGGUAGAGUUUCAUGAAUGGAUGAAUUCAGUAUAAAAAGGCUUGCAUGUUAGUUGUUCUUGUGGACAGACAAAAUUCCCUAAUUGACAUUAUUCAUGAGAAAUAGGUUUUGAUGCAGAAUUUAAGUCAGUGAUCCGAAUAACUUCUGAUGCCACAAUUGAAGAUGUAUUCUAAUUUUAGCGCUUAUACAUAAACAUAUUUCUAAAUGUUGCACAUAAUUAUUUGCAGACAGUGUUAUUGUCAUAGAAACUAAACUAGGCAACUCAGCCCUUGGAGUCUGAUUUGUGACCUUUUCUCGGCAAGGGUCAAGAUCAUCUGUUGUGCAACUUUCAAUUGUAUUCUGUCCUGGAGGAUUUUUGAAAGAGUUCCACUGCUGUGUUUGCAAUGAAGUACUUUCCAAUUUCCUCCAAAUAGCCUAGCUCUAAAUUUAAAAUUUGCCCUUUUUCCCCCACAGACCUUUCCCACCAGACCUAUCAUAGCAAAGAAUUCCUAAUGUUCAACUGCUUUGCUGUUGGACACUGAUGGUUAAGCAGUCCAGUAGGAAAAUCAAUAUUCCUGCAGAAUUUUCUGGCAUUUACUAGUUUCUUGCCAAUUAAGUAAAAUUGGAGAGAGUUUAGAAAGCACCAAAAAAUAUUGCUCACAUUUUGAAUCCAUU